AUGCAGAUGUCCAAACCACGAUUGCUCAUACGUCAUUCACGCAAAUUUUCCACCGCCAUUCAUCAGAAAUUAACGGGCGAUGAUUACCAGUAUGUUCAUAAAAGUGAUAUGCCAACAUAUUAUUUCCAGAAAAGCCUCAGACGAUUACCCAUCCCAAAGCUCCCGGAUACUUGUCGCAAGUUUCUGGCAUCAGCAGAAGCUGUCUUAUCAAAAGAAAAACUCAAUUCACUGAAAGCACUUGUUAACGAUUUUGCAACACAUGAGGGGCCAGAACUACAACGGGAGCUUGUGCUGCACGACCAGAGAAACCUACAAACAAGCUUCAUCUCGGAACCAUGGUUCGAUGUGUAUCUCAGCGAUCGUGCACCAUGCCCGGUCAACUAUAACCCCUUCAUGGUAUAUGCACCGGACCCGCAAAAAGAGUACAAUGAUCAGGUAAAAUUUUAUGUAUUUCCGGUCUUACGCUGUGUGAAACACUAUUAA